AGUUUCAUAGAUUAUAAUCUUGAAUGGAACAAAUUUUCAUUUUUUUUAUUUGAAGAUGACCAACUAUGAACUUAUUUAUGUAUCCUUCACUAGUUAGCUAGUUCUUAAUACUAAUACAAAGUAGGAUAAUUUAGAAAAGUAAUGGAAAUGAAAAUAGAAAGCCAGUGUCAUCACAUGGUAUUGCCUUUAAGUGUCAUGCACAUAAAGGGCUACAUUGUUAGCUCAACAUGGAACAAUUCUCUUAAAUCCCACUUCAACUUCAACACCAGUUUGGGAACACAAAGUUUUUAAAUUCCUUAUUUAUAAUCCAAAAACCAUCCUCCAUUAUUCAACAUCUAUUUUUUUGUCAACAUGUAAUUUAUCUUAUAAGUAUACAAUAUUUAUUUUUUUUGAACUACCGUAUACAAUAUUUCUAAUUACCAAUAUUUUACUUGUUUUCUAAAUAUUGUUACAAACCAAUUGUAUAUAUGUUAUUUGAUUGCGACUGUCCAUUAACAAUGGCUGCAACUUAGUUACGAUUUUCUGUCACGUCAGUGAUAAUUAAACAUGCUGCAGACUGGGAGAAGUUACACUUAAUUUAAGAUGUUAAUUAUAGUCAAUAUUUGGUUAGAAAUAAAAUGUCACAACUACACACGACUAUAAGUGUUGUAAUAAGUGUUGUAGUGUAAAUCCAAACUAAUUUAUAAAUAUACACUUUGGAAAAUUAAGUUAGUAAAAAUGAUUACUUAUCUUGACUAGAGCAUUUAAUAUUACAUAUCCGUUUCUUAUAAACGUAAUAAAAGGUUUACAUAAAUAAUUUCAACGACUUCAGUUAGAGGUUAUCAAAUCUCUUUCUCUUCCAACUACAUCAUUGUCUAGGUUUUAUUGCGCUCUUCUCUCCAUCUCCUGUGGUCCUUUACCUAUUUAAAGUCCCUCUUAUCACUUUCUCAAUUUCUUUAUAAUUCCAAGUUUGAUUAGAUUUCAGUUUUCUACUCGUUACUCUUUCUAUUCCACCCUUGACAAAAUAUAAAAUUUGUGGGAUAAACAUAAACCCUCUAUAUCCUACUGGCUUUAUAGCCUCUCUCGUUUCCACUAAUUUAACUCCCUUGUUAAUUAAUACAACCUUUCUAUCUCUCCCUAUUUCUCUCCAUCUCUUCUGUAUUGUCCAACGUAGAGAUAGAGAUAAAGUACACGGCUUAAGAGUCAUUUUCUUGCGACAUAGUGUUACACCGAAGGAACAAUCAGUCGUACAAGAAAAUGUCUAACAGAAGAUCAAGACAAUCUUCAAGUGCUACGAGGAUCUCCGAUGACCAGAUCAUCGACCUCGUUAGUAAGCUCCGUCAGUUUUUACCGGAGAUUCGUGAACGGCGCCGUUCUGAUAAGGUGUCAGCAUCGAAGGUACUGCAAGAGACAUGCAACUACAUAAGAAAGCUGCACAGAGAAGUUGACAAUAUCAGUGACCGUUUGUCGCUGCUCCUCGACUCAGUUGAUGAAGAUAGCCAAGAAGCUGCCGUCAUUAGAAACCUACUCAUGUAAUCUUCCAAUAUAUUGAUUUAUUAUAUAACUUAUACUAUAUAAUAUUAAUUAAUAUGUAAUGUUGAUCGUCCUUAAUAUAUUAUGAAGCGACAAUUUGUCUUAUGAGCUUCUGAAUUAUGGUCCAGCAAUCACACUAAACCUCUAGUCUGUAGUCUCCAAAAGAUGUUAUAUUUAAUACUCAAAUAAUGGGAGGACUUUGAGAAAAGUUAUGAUUA